AUGAACGAUCCUGCGUUUAAAAUCGGACCAUUAUACCAAAUGGCUUCAGCAUUUACUGGAGCUGUUGUGACUGCGGUAAUAAUAACACCGAUGGAUGUAAUAAAAACCCGAAUGCAGAUGCAACACAGAAAAUGUUAUAUAUACUGUAAUGGUUUGAUGGAUCAUUUUUAUGUGGUACAAAAGUCAAAAACACCAAAGAUAAAAGAGUCGACAAUGUCGGUCAAUCUUAAGGGAAUUACAGAAACGUUUUUAAACAUUCGAAAAUCUGAAGGUGUAAAAGGUUUUUGGUCAGGUCUAGGACCAACGCUUUUACUAGCUUUACCAACUACGAUUGUCUAUUUUCUAACAUACGAGGAAUUGAAAAAAGAAUUACUUAAGUUAACACAUCAUAUCCAUGACCGUUAUAUGAUAGAUGCAAGUUUUUUUGUCCCACUUGCCUCCAGUAUGCCAGCACGUUGUUUAGCAGCGACUGCAAGUACACCAUUCGAAAUGGUACGAAUCAAAAUGCAGUCAGGACAAAUGAGUUACCGGCAGUUAGGCGAAACAUUAAAAGAAAUAAUAGAUACUCGGGGCAUUGUGGGCUUGUGGCAUGGUUUGCCACCCCUUAUAAUGCGAGAUGUACCAUUUUCGGCAAUUUAUUGGACUACUUAUGAAACCAUUAAAUCCCAGUUCCCAGAGUACCGAUCGAAGUUUUUGUUUUCGUUUAUUUCUGGCGGUAUAUCAGGGAUGUUGGCGGCUACUUUAACAACACCUUUCGAUGUGGUAACAACUCAUGUUCAAUUGGAAAUUGGUGAGAAAGUGGUGCAAAAAGCAAAAACUAUUGAAUCUCUUUCUAUAGCAAGGCGCUUAAAUGAACUGUAUCGCAAUCGUGGCAUGAAAGGAAUUUUUUCCGGGCUAUCGAUUCGUCUCUAUAAGGUGGUGCCAGCCUGUGCUAUAAUGAUAUCCGUAUUUGAAUGCGGCAAUCGUUACUUUUAUAACUAUGACAGACGUAAAAAAUAA